AUGUCAGAUGAAGAAGAUGACUACAUGUCUGCAGAUUUUCUUCAAGGUGUCAGUGAUCAACCAGUUGGAAUCGCCAAAUCGAGAGCUCACAAGCGCCAACUACAAAUCCAUUCAAGAUUCGAAGAAUCGAGAGAGACUUUUAAGCCGAAAAGACCGAUAAGUCAUGCUGAAAGAGAAAAAGAGCGAAGAGAAGAAGCACUGGCAAAACCCAUCAGCCAAGAGUCUAAGGGGUUUGCCUUGAUGGCGAAAAUGGGUUUCAAACCAGGAAUGACACUGGGAAAGCAACGAGAAGACGAAAUUCGGAUAACGGAACCGAUUAGUGUUGACAUCAAGGGAAACCGAAAAGGACUUGGUCAUGAAGUAGAGGAAGUUCAAGAAAGGAAUGAUCGAGUGGAAGCUGUGAUGCAGAAGAUGAAAGAGCAAGCGGCGAAACACGAAGAAUUGAUUGAUGAUUAUUCGAAACGAAGGAAAAUGGAUAACAAUGCGAAGCAAUUGGUCAAAGAUAUCAGAGCAUGUCGAAAAGUUUGUGAAGAACUGGAUCAUCGCAUCGGAAAAAAAAUUCCAAUUGUUGAUUGGUUUUGGAGGAGCUAUAAAGUUGUCCAGGAAGAAACUGAAGCUCCUAAAGGAUACUACAGAAGUCGAGAAACGGAGAAAGAGGAAGAGUAUAAGUAUUCUAACGGGUUGAAGGCUCCCGUAGAUCCAAAUUAUGACGUGAGCAUGCCAACAGAAGAAUUGGAAGACGCCUUGUCGAAAAUCAACACCUAUCUCCGAGAUGGGCACUUCUACUGUGUAUGGUGUGGUGCCGAAUACUGUUCACCGGAAGACAUGGCUGAACACUGUCCCGGAAGCACUCGACGGGCUCACCACGGAGAUGAUGAUCACGAGUAG